AUUUAUUUUUGCUUCUUUGUGUUUCUCAGUAUGGGUCAAACACAGAGCAGCACAGAAAAGGAAGUGACCCUUCAGAACAUCCAGGAACUUUACCGCAAGUUUGCAAGCGAAUGUCCGAGUGGGAAUCUGCACUUACACGAAUUCAAGAAAAUCUUUGGAAUCAACAGCAGCUCCACAGAGGAAGAAGCUGCGUAUAUGGAGAAUCUGUUCCGGUCCUUUGAUACCAAUAAGGACGGGCAGAUCGACUUCAUGGAGUACGUGGCGGCAGUGCAUCUUGUUCUUCGUGGGAAACUGGAGGACAAACUGAAAUGGUCUUUUAAAGUUUAUGACAGAGACGGAAAUGGCUGCCUGGACAGACAGGAAGUAAGGCACAUUGUCAAAAUCAUCCACAAGAUAAAGACUCAACAUGAUCCAAGCAUCACAGGAAAUAUUGAAGACAUUUGUGACAGAAUAUUUGAACUUGUGGACAAGAAUAACGACAGUCAGAUUUCUUUGGAGGAAUUUAUAGAAGGGGCUGAGAAGGACCCGUGGGUGAUGGAUCAGCUCAAACUGGACCUUGGGCCCUGCGAGUGGUUCAUUGAACAGCAGGAGAGGAAACCCUGAUGUCACAGUGUACAUGAUGUACGAAGUCUGCCUUCGCUGUUCAGUCUUUCUAUUGUUUACACACAGAAGCAUCAGAGAGAGCUUCACGCCAGGUUUGGGCGCUCUUUGUCAUUAACCAAGGGAAUAAUCUGCAUUGUGUUUUCUGAUCCAAGAGAUUCUGACGUUCACUUUAAACUCAGUGGUUAUUUCUUCAACAUGCUUGGAGAUGCAGCCUGCAGUCUCUCUCCUUUUUUAUCUGAAAGAGAAGCCUUUCACGUUCACCUUCUGCUGAGUGUGAGGACCACCACACGUCAUGGCUGAAGAGAGUCUGCUGCAUGGAGACUGCAGCCUGACCCACUCAAACAUGUUUAUAGUCUACUCAUGAAGCUGAAACUUUUACUGUUCAGACUCACUCUGUAGCAGCGUGUAAAUGACUUUCAGUUUCUCUAAUGUGGUUUUCAGCUUGUCAUCUGUUCAGCAUGCCCGCCGUAAUGUGAGUGACUAUUUGACUGACUUGUCUGAAGUUCUGUCGUCUGUCGAACAUUUUAACAUUUGAGACUUAAAUGCUUAUUUACUUUCUUGCUGACGGUUGAAAAAGAAGGCAAGCACCACACUCAUGCCUGUGCAUUAAAUACAGACCAAAACCGGGAGACAGUUAGUUUAGCUUGGCAUGAAGACUGGAGUCCUGGUUCUGUCCAGGGUUCAGAAGCACACAGACCAACAUCUCUAAAGCUCACUGAUAUCUGGUCUAAUUGGUCUAAAAGCUCCAAGCUAACUGCAGACAGACCCGAGCAAGCUGUUCCCCCCUUUUGCAGCCUUUAUGCUAAGCUAAGCUAAGCUAAACUCCAAGGAAGUGAACAACUUUUUUGGUUUGUUUUGACCAAAAUGGCAAACUGUUUCUUUAAAGCUGCCAGCAUACAGACUGGCAGGCUGAUUUUCUCUACAUGAAGACAUUUAAAGAUUUUAGGCUCCAUACAUGCACUGCAACAUAAAAAGGUCUGAGGUUUUGUUGCUUCGUCAGAGAAUUCGUACCAGAAUGACCAAUACGAGUUGCACAAAGUUGUCAGCAUUUGUAAUUAGUUUUGCAUUUUUAUGGGUUUGUUUCAUCAGAUUUAAGUUAAUGUUUUUGUCAGCUUUUUUGUUCCCAAAUGUGAGCUGAGUUCGUUCUGUUUUUGAAAAGUAAACAUCAU